CUUCUACCGUGAACUCGUGAACGCAACGCAAGCACAUACUCUGUUCUCACUAGAAGCGAGCAUAUACACCGACUCGCAUCUCGUCUCGUUCAAGUACUCGUUAAACACCAAAAAGCGAAGAGUACAGCCAUGCGUCCAUUCGCGUUCCUACUUGCGUCGCUGACCCUGCUGUCCGGGGUUAUCGCCGUCGACAUCCAAAAGUCGGUCCUCAUCACCUAUCCUGCCGAGACGCCCGACUCCAUCGUGGACCAGGCUAAGAAGGCUAUUGUCGAGGCCGGAGGAGUCAUUACGCACGAAUACACUCUGAUCAAGGGCUUUGCUGCCAAGGUCGGCGAGAAGGUUCUCGAUACGGUUUCCGCAUGGGGUCAGGAGUAUCAAGUACUUGUUGAGGAAGACCAAGACGUCCAUCAUAUGAGCGGCCUUUGAAGAACAAUGCAGUGCUAAGGGGCGGGCUAUCUUCUCAUGAACCCAGGGCUCCGGCCCGGUGUAUGAUGAUGAGAGGCAAGAUGCGAGAGUCCCUUAUAUCGGCGGAAGAGGGGUAAGGUUUGCUUUUUGGAAUGAAGGGAUACCUCAGCUCGGCGUUAAGGGACAGAAAGGCGUCAAUCUCCUGGGAAGCGACUGGGAGCAACAGUACAUACAUAAGAGACCCCAUGAUUACUAGGUUUGCUGUUCGAAACAGCUCUACAUAGCGCAUGCCGUAUAUUUUGUCACUGCG